AUGGCUAUCCAUGUCGACUCUAAGAACGUCCGGGCAGUUGAGCUUUACUGCUGGCUGCCCGUAGCGCGCCGAUUGGACGUCUGGCCCUUCGCCGUCGUGUACGCCGUGUGGCUGGCGCUGCUGGUAACCCGGAUUCGCCUGGACUUCGUGGAGAUGGCUAUCGUGACGGGCGCGCUGGUUUCGCUGAACAUCCUGACGGCGCUGUUCACUGUGUGGUCCGUGGACUUCAGGUGUUUCGCGCACGCGCGGCAGGUAGCAUCAGUGCACGAGGCAGAGGUGUGCAAGGUCAUUCCGUCCAAGUUCGGAGGUUCCAAGGAGGUGGUGCCGCUAACCAAGCGCAAGCACCAGUUUGUGUACGACGAGGGGGAGGGAGUGUUCAAGAAGCUGCGGUAUCCGAGCAAGGAGACGUUUGGAGCGUACGUGCAGUGGAAGGGGUAUGGCACGCCCGCUAAGGUGGAGGCCGCCCGCCAUCGAUGGGGCCGCAACGCGUUUGAGUUCCCAGCGCCCACCUUCCUCGCUCUCUUCAAAGAGCAGUGCUCAGAGCCUUUCUUUGUCUUCCAGGUGUUCUGUGUGGCGCUGUGGUGCAUGGACGAGUACUGGUACUACUCCAUCUUCACGCUCUUCAUGCUGCUCGUCUUCGAGUCCACCGUCGUUGCCAGUCGCCUGCGCACACUCAGCGAGCUGCGCCGCGUGCGCGUCGACACACAGGGGAUUCUCGUGCACCGCGAGGGCAAGUGGGUGACCCUAACAGGCCCUGAUCUCGUGCCUGGAGACAUUGUCUCUAUCGGCCGCUCUGCUGCUGCUCACACCUCGGGGGGGAAGGGACGAGCAGGGGCAGGGGGAGCGGCAGGGGCGGGAGGGGCAGUGGAGGAGCGUACUGUGCCGGCUGAUCUGCUGCUGUUGGCGGGGACUGUGAUUGCCAACGAGGCGAUUCUCACAGGGGAGAGCACCCCGCAGUGGAAGGUGGGUGCGGCUCCCUCCCCUCUCUCCUCUUUCCCCCUUCGCCGCCCUCCCACCUGCCAGACGCCAGCGUCCAUGCGGGAGGGCAGCGAGCGCGUGUCAGUUCGGCGGGACAAGGCACACGUGCUGUUCUCAGGGACCAAGAUUCUGCAGCACACGCCCGACAAGACAGCAGCGAUCAGAGCACCGGACGGGGGGUGUGUGGCAGUGGUGCUGCGGACGGGCUUUGACACCAGCCAGGGCAAGCUCAUGCGCACCAUCCUCUUCUCCACUGAUCGGGUGACGGCCAACAGUGCGGAGAGUGGCCUCUUCAUCCUCUUCCUCGUUGUCUUUGCCAUCGUUGCUGCUGGCUAUGUGCUCUACAAGGGUUUGGAGGACCCACACCGCAGUCGCUACAAGCUAUUUCUCAACUGUUCGCUCAUCAUCACGUCUGUCAUCCCGCCCGAGCUGCCAAUGGAGCUCUCCAUCGCCGUCAACACCUCCCUCAUUGCCCUUGUCCGCCAGGGCAUCUACUGCACCGAGCCCUUCAGAAUCCCGUUUGCCGGCAAGGUGGACAUUUGCUGUUUCGACAAGACCGGGACGCUCACUUCAGAUGACAUGGAGUUCCGUGGAGUGGUGGGGGUGGAGGGAGGGGGCUCCUUGGAUCUCUCUGCGGACUGCCAUCGCUUCCCGCUGCCAACGCUGCUCACCCUUGCCGCCUGCCACUCGCUCGUCUUUGUCGACAACAAGAUGGUGGGGGACCCGUUGGAGAAGGCAGCGUUGACUGGCGUUGACUGGGGCUUCACAGCAGAAGAGAAGGCGCACUCAAGAAAGGGGCAGCACCACGAGGCGAGCAUAAUAUGCCGGCACCACUUCGCAUCGCACCUGAAGCGCAUGGCAGUGAUUGCACGCGUGGACAGCAAGCCUGGCUUCAUGGUUCUUGUCAAGGGAGCCCCUGAGACGAUAAUGGAGCGGUUGGGAGAGGUGCCAAUGGGGUACAGUGCGGCAUACAAGCAGUUCACCCGUCAGGGGGCACGUGUGCUCGCCCUGGCCUACAAGCAACUGCCUGACAUGACGGUGACAGAGGCCAGGGCUCUGGAGCGUGAUGAUGUGGAGAGUGGCCUGACAUUCGCUGGCUUCGCGGUCUUUGCAUGCCCCAUUCGCUCUGACUCUGCCGCAGUGCUGGCUGAGCUGCGCCAUUCUUCCCACGACUUGGUGAUGAUUACUGGAGAUCAAGCGCUGACAGCAUGCCACGUGGCAGGGCAGGUGAACAUAGUGACUCGCCCUGUGCUCGUGCUUACCCCCUCUGCUGAGGGUGGAUUCAACUGGCUCUCACCUGAUGAAGUCACCUGCAUGCCCUACAGGGAGGAGGAGGUGGAGCGGGUGAGUGAGGAGUACGACCUAUGUGUGGCGGGCGAUGGUAUCGCCAUGCUGCAGCGCUGCAACGCCCUCUCCCUCGUCGUCCCGCGCACGCAGGUGUUCGCACGGGUAUCACCAGAGCAGAAGGAGGUGAUUCUAGCGACGCUCAAGGACGUGGGGCGGGUGACGCUCAUGUGUGGCGACGGCACCAACGAUGUGGGGGCACUGAAGCGCGCCGAUGUGGGCGUUGCUCUGCUCAACGCUGUCCCGCCUGCUCCUGCGGGAAAGAAGAGCACUGGGGAUGCUGCUGCAGGGGCUGCAAAGCACAAGAGGAGACCAGGGCAACCUCACACCGCAGCAGGCAUAGGCGGAUCCACAGGAGCCACCACAGGCGGCGCCCUUGCUUCCACCGCAGCAGGCAGUAGCAGCAGCACCACUGCCGCCGCAUCAGCAGCAGCAGCGGGGCCAGGAGGGGUGGUUAACCCACGCCUAUCCGCACGGGAGAUGCACCAGCGGAAGGUGAAGGAGCAGCAGGAGAAGCUGCAGAAGCUGAUGAAAGAGCUCGAGGACGGCGGGGACGGGCGCGCACCGGUUGUGAAGCUCGGCGACGCAUCCAUGGCCUCUCCAUUCACAGCCAAGCACGCCUCUGUAAAACCCACCCGGGACAUCCUCCGCCAGGGCCGCGCGACGCUGGUUACCACGUUACAGAUGUUCAAGAUCCUCGGUUUGAACUGCCUGGCGACAGCCUAUGUUAUGUCUGUGUUGUCCCUUGAUGGGGUGAAGCUCGGCGACACACAGGCGACGAUCAGCGGCGUGUUCACCGCGGCAUUCUUCCUCUUCCUCUCGCAGGCCAAGCCUCUCGACACACUCUCCAAGGAGCGCCCGCACCCGAACGUCUUCUCAGCUUACGUCCUCAUCUCCAUCCUCGGACAAUUUGCCAUGCACAUCACGUUCCUCAUAACGGCCGUCUCCUGGGCUCAGACCUUCAUGCCUGAGGAAUGCAUUGAACCCGACUCAACCUUCUUUCCGAACCUCGUCAACACGGUGUCCUACAUGGCGACUAUGAUGAUCCAGGUUGCGACGUUCGCAGUGAACUACAUUGGGCAUCCGUUCAACCAGAGCAUACGCGAGAACACGCAGUUUUUCUACGCGCUGUCGGCCGCAGCGGUGUUCUUCACAGUGGUGGCUUCGGACACGAUCCGAGAGCUGAACGACUCAUUGGAAUUGGUGAAGCUGCCGCAGCCGCUGGGGGUUUCGCUGCUCGGCAUGGCUGCGGUCAUGGGAACAGGGAUGGUGAGGGAAGGAGCGAGUGGUGGUGUUGGGGAUGGGAUUCUAGGGAAGAAGUAUGCUUGA